AAACGAUGGAGAAGAAUCAAAUAAAUACACUAAAAAAAAAUAAGCUAUAAAACUGGGGAUAAUAAAAAAAACUCUUUUUUGUGGCUUUCUUUUCUUUUCUUUUCUUUUCUUUUUUCUUCCUUCUUUCUUUCUUUCAUUUCUUCCUAUAUAUAAUAAAUAUACACUUAUAUUUAUAUAUUUUUCAUCCUAUUUAAAAAAAAUAUGUCUGACGAUCACGAGCAUAACUUCGAGACUGCUGAUGCCGGUGCCUCUCAAACUUAUCCCAUGCAAUGUUCUGCUUUGAGAAAGAACGGCCACGUUGUCAUUAAGAACAGACCCUGUAAGAUUGUCGAAAUGUCUACCUCCAAGACUGGUAAGCACGGUCACGCUAAGGUUCACUUGGUCGGUACUGAUAUCUUCACUGGCAGAAAGUAUGAAGAUCUCUGUCCUUCCACUCACAACAUGAAUGUUCCUAAUGUUAAUCGUCAAGAUUAUGCUCUUCUCAACAUUGAUGAUGGUUAUCUUUCUUUGAUGUUGCCUGAUGGUUCUACUAAGGAUGAUGUCAAGCUUCCUGAAGGUGAGCUUGGUACAAAGUUGGAAGAGGAAUUCGAUGAGGGCAAAGAACUCGUUGUCUCUGUUGUUUCUGCUAUGGGCGAAGAACAUUGUUUGUCCUUUAAGGAAGCCCCUAAAUAAGUAGAAAAAUAAAACUUGAUACACAAACAUGAUGGCUUAAUUUAAGAAGAAGAAGACUAUAUAUAUAAAUUAUAUACAUAAAAGAGGCUUAUUUUCUCUCCUUCUUUUCUUAUUUAUCAUUUAUUCCAUAUAAAAAUAAAAUAAAAUAAAAAAAGGGCUACGGUAUGCUAUUUAUUAUAUAAUA